CACUCCCUCCUCUCACCUCCGGUAACCUCACCUCCCUCCUCCAAAACCUCAAAAACCCAAAAAAAUUCCCCAAAUUCUCCUCCCUCAAUCUGAUCAACAAUGGAGGACGACGCCUCUUCCUCCUCCUCCGACGAGAUCUCAGACUCCGAGAUCAGCGACUACGAGUCCAAAGCCUACGCCUACCUCCAAUCCAACCAAUCCAACGCCACCUCCACCACCUCCAACCACCGCGUCCGCAACCCCGACGGAACAUUCCGAUGCCCUUUUUGCGCGGGAAAGAAGAAGCAGUCCUUCAAGCUCAAGGACCUCCUCCAGCACGCCACCGGCAUCGCCGCCUCCUCCGCCCGCAAAAACUCCAUGCGCACCACCCACCGCGCCCUAGCCCGCUUCCUCACCGAAUCGAACCCGAACCCCAAUGGGCCUAACCCUAACCCUAUCCCUAGACCGAUUGAGCCCAAAGCUGAGCCUGAGCCUGAACCUGAACCGAGUCCUGAACUCUUUGUCUGGCCUUGGACCGGCGUACUUGCCAAUGUCCCGAUCGGUGAGCCGCUUGAGGAGAGGUUCUCAAAGUUCAAACCUUUGGAGGUAAUCCCGCUAUUUGUGAGGGAACACGAUAAGCCAAAUGGAAACUGUGUUGUGAUCAUGAGGUUUAAUAAGGAUUGGAGUGGGUUUAGGGACGCUGUUGCUUUCGAGAACCAGUUUAAAGCUGUGGGUUUGGGGAGAGAGGAGUGGGUUAAAGGGAAAUUUGAGGUUGGGAAAGGGGAUUUGUAUGGGUGGAUGGCGAGAGAGGAGGAUUUCAACGGAGACGAUUCGGUUGGUGAGUAUUUGAAGAGGAACGGGAAGGUGCUGACUGUGUCGGAGGUGGAGAAUGAGCAGGCGAAGGAGAAUGGGAGGAUGGUUGCGUUGUUGGCGAGCCAAAUCGAGGUUAAGAAUCAGCAUUUGAUGGACAUGCAGUGUAGGUAUAACUUGAGUGAUUUGUCGCUGAGGAGGAUUUUGGAGGAUAAGAACCGGGUUCAUCUGGCGUUCAAUGAGAAGAUGCGGAGAAUGCAAGGUGAAGCUCGUGAUAAUGCUCGUAAAGUUUUUGAAGAGAAUGAAAAAUUGAGGUUGGAAUUGGACUCAAAGAAGAAAGAGUUGGAUUUGCGACGUAAAGAACUUGAUAAGCUAGAAUCCCUAAAUGAGGGGGAGAAACAGAAACUUGACGAUGAGAAGCAAAAGGGUUUGGAUGGCCUGAUGAUGAAAGGCCGUACUGUGAUUGGAAUUAAAAGAAUGGGCGAACUUGAUGAGAAGCCUUUUCAAAAUGCAUGCAAGAAGAAGUUUCAAGAAGAUGUCGAUAUCAAAGCUCUAACAUUGUGUUCUGAAUGGCAAGAGAAACUGAAGAAUCCAUCAUGGCAUCCUUUCAAGAUUGUGGAAUCUGGCGGAAAAGCUGAGGAAGUGAUAGAUGAAUCGGAUAUAAAUUUAAAGCAUAUAUGGAUUGAGUGGGGGGAUGAUGUAUAUAAUGCUGUUAAGACAGCUUUGCUUGAAAUAAAUCAGUACAAUCCCAGUGGAAGAUAUGUGAUACCAGAGCUAUGGAAUUUUAAAGAGAACAGGAAAGCAACAGUGAAGGAGGUCGUCCAAUAUCUCAUAAAGCACUGGAGGAGUCUCAAGAACAAGCGCUGAUGGGAGAUCAAGUCAUGGAGGAUUAAGCGAAGCUUAUGCUGUAUCGACUGCCGUGUUGGGGAUUUAGGAGCCAUGAUAAACUGUAGAACUGUGGGUUAAGAACACUCAUAACUUCUGAUUUUUGUGUUUAAUUUAUGUACCACCCUCUUUUAGUACUUUUCGCAAAAGACUUGCUCUCCUCUGGUUCUACGACGAAGAAACUUCACUCAUGGUUGAGGUUCUGCAUGUUCCCUUGCUGUGAAUCCUUCUCUCUGGAGAUCCAAACUUCAAGCUGGUGAAAAUAAAGAGUGCAAGAGCCUGCGUUGCAUUUUCAUUCA